CCUUCAACACCAACCACCACUACUGUUCAUUAUUUGGCCACUUUGAGAUUUCCUCAGCGAGGACGGGUUUUUACUCAAUAGAGCAGGACUUCUGGUUAUAUGUGCAUCUGAAGGGCUGAUUGCAGGCAAUGAAGCAGUAGAACAUUAGCAGUUGUGAAUAUCUGCAGAUAUCGCUGUGGGUAAAUGCAGCCUAGGAUAAGGUGUAGACAUACCCCCCACACUGCCGGCCAAGAUGGUGGCCCUGUCCCUGAAGAUCUGCGUCUGCCAGUGCAACCUGGUGAAGACCAUGCAGUUUGAGCCGUCCACGGCCGUCUACGACGCCUGCAGAAUCAUCAGAGAGAGGGUUCCCGAAGCCCAGACAGGUCAAGCCUCAGACUACGGUCUGUUCCUUUCUGAUGAGGACCCCAGGAAAGGCAUCUGGCUGGAGUCAGGAAGAACUCUGGAUUAUUACAUGCUGCGGAAUGGGGAUAUCCUUGAUUACAAGAAGAAACAGAGGCCAUUGAAGAUCAAGAUGCUGGAUGGAGCUGUGAAAACCAUCAUGGUGGACGACUCCAAAACAGUGGGAGAGCUGCUAGUGACGAUAUGCAGUAGAAUAGGAAUCACCAACUACGAGGAGUACUCUCUGAUCCAGGAGGUAAUGGAGGAGAAGAAGGAAGAUGGGACGGGCACCCUGAAGAAAGACAGGACUCUGCUCCGAGACGAGAGGAAGAUGGAGAAACUCAAAGCCAAGCUUCACACAGACGACGACUUGAACUGGCUUGACCACAGCAGAACGUUCCGUGAGCAGGGGGUGGAGGAGACCGAAACUCUUCUGCUCAGGAGGAAGUUCUUCUACUCAGACCAGAACGUGGACUCACGAGACCCGGUCCAGCUCAACCUGCUCUACGUCCAGGCACGAGAUGACAUCCUAAAUGGUUCUCACCCUGUGUCCUUCGACAAGGCCUGUGAGUUUGCAGGGAUUCAGGCUCAGAUCCAGUUUGGACCGCACAUAGAACACAAACACAAGCCUGGAUUCCUAGACCUCAAGGAGUUUCUACCUAAAGAAUAUAUCAAGCAGCGAGGGAAUGAAAAGAAAAUCUUUCAGGACCACAAGAACUGUGGUGAGAUGACAGAGAUAGAAGCUAAAGUAAAGUACGUGAAGCUAGCCAGGUCCCUAAGGACAUACGGAGUGUCUUUCUUCCUGGUGAAGGAGAAGAUGAAGAGUAAGAAUAAGCUGGUCCCCAGGCUGUUGGGGAUAACCAAAGAGUCAGUGAUGAGGUUGGAGGAGAAGACCAAAGACGUGGUGCAGGAGUGGCCCCUCACCACUGUAAAGAGAUGGGCCGCCUCGCCCAAGAGCUUCACCCUGGAUUUUGGGGAGUACCAGGAGAGCUACUACUCAGUCCAGACCACUGAGGGAGAACAAAUCUCUCAGCUCAUCGCUGGAUACAUCGACAUCAUCCUCAAAAAGAAGCAAAGUAAAGACCGUUUUGGUUUAGAAGGAGAUGAAGAAUCCACCAUGCUGGAAGAAUCCGUCUCCCCUAAGAAGUCGACGAUCCUGCAGCAGCAGUUUAACCGUGUGGGUCGUGUGGAGCAUGGCUCUGUGGCUCUACCAGGGGUGAUCAGGUCUGGCUCUAUAGGAGCAGAGUCUCUCAGCAUGGGCACCAUGCCUUCUGCACAGCAACAGGUCAUCAUGGGACAGAUGCACCGAGGACACAUGCCACCACUGAGCUCGGCCCAGCAGGCCCUGAUGGGGACCAUCAACACCAGUAUGCAGGCAGUACAGCAGUCACAGGCUGAUCUGGGGGAGGUGGACAACCUGCCUCCUCUGGGACAGGACAUGGCGUCCAAGGUGUGGAUCCAGAACAAGGUGGAUGAGUCCAAACAUGAGAUCCACUCCCAGGUGGACGCCAUCACCGCAGGAACAGCUUCUGUGGUCAACCUCACCGCUGGUGACCCGACAGACACAGACUACACUGCAGUGGGUUGUGCCAUCACCACCAUCUCCUCCAACCUGACAGAGAUGUCUAAGGGUGUGAAGCUACUGGCUGCUCUUAUAGAGGACGACACAGGCGGGAGCAAUGACCUUAUGGGUGCCGCUAGGAACCUGGCUGGGGCCGUCUCUGACCUGCUCAAGGCUGUGGAGCCUGCCUCCGGAGAGCCCCGUCAGACAGUGCUGAGUGCAGCAGGCAGUAUAGGCCAGGCCAGUGGGGACCUGCUGCUUCAGAUAGGAGAGAACGAGUCAGACGAGAGGUUCCAGGAGGUGCUGAUGAUCCUGGCCAAGGCGGUGGCCAACGCGGCAGCCAUGAUGGUGCUGAAGGCUAAGAACGUGGCCCAGGUGGCAGACGACACGGUCCUACAGAACAGAGUCAUCGCUGCUGCCACGCAGUGUGCCCUCUCCACCUCCCAGCUGGUGGCCUGUGCCAAGGUGGUGAGUCCCACCAUCAGCUCCCCAGUGUGCCAGGAGCAGCUGAUUGAGGCAGGGAAGCUGGUGGACCGCUCAGUGGAGGACUGUGUCCAGGCCUGUCUGUCUGCCACCGUCGACGGGGAGAUGCUGAAGCAGGUGAGUUCUGCAGCCAGUGUUGUCGGUCAGGCCCUGGGGGACCUGCUGGAGCACGUAUGCCGCUACGCCACCCACGGUGAGCCCAUUGGUCGCUACGACCAGGCCACUGACACCAUCAUGACCGUAACAGAGAGCAUCUUCAGCUCCAUGGGAGACGCAGGAGAGAUGGUUCGGCAGGCCAGGGUCCUGGCUCAGGCUACCUCUGACCUGGUGAAUGCCAUGCGGUCAGAUGCUGAGGUGGAAGUGGAUGUUGACAACUCUAAGAAGCUACUUGCUGCAGCUAAACUACUGGCAGACGCCACAGCCAGGAUGGUGGAGGCUGCUAAGGGCGCAGCGGCAUACCCAGAGAACGAGGACCAGCAGCAGAGACUGAGGGAGGCGGCUGAGGGGUUGCGCGUGGCCACCAACGCUGCAGCUCAGAACGCCAUCAAGAAGAAGCUCAUUAACAGGCUAGAGAAUGCCGCCAAGCAAGCUGCAGCUGCAGCCACCCAGACCAUCGCUGCCUCCCAGAAUGCAGCAGCCUCCAACAAGAACACCGCCGCUCACCAGCAAUUGGUGCAGAGCUGCAAGGCCAUGGCAGACCACAUUCCCCAGCUGGUCCAGGGGGUAAGGGGCAGCCAGGCCCAGCCUGAAGACCUCACUACCCAGCUAGCCCUCAUCAUCACCAGUCAGAACUUCCUACAGCCUGGCAGUAAGAUGGUGACAUCAGCGAAGUCAUCUGUUCCCACGGUGAUGGACCAGGCCGCUGCUAUGCAGCUGGGUCAGUGUGCCAAGAACCUGGCCACCAGCCUGGCAGAGCUCAGAACCGCAGCACAGAAGGCCCACGAAGCCUGCGGCCCCAUGGAGAUCCAGUCAGCUCUCACAGCCGUCCAGACUCUGAAGACUGAGCUCCAAGACGCCAAGAUGGCUGCCAUAGACAUGCAGCUGAAACCACUACCUGGAGAUUCGAUGGAGAAGUGUGCUCAGGACCUGGGCAGCACCUCCAAGUCUGUGGGAUCCUCCAUGGCUCAGCUGCUCACCUGUGCUGCACAGGGCAAUGAACACUACACAGGGUUAGCAGCCAGAGAGACAGCCCAAGCCCUGAAGACUCUAGCCCAGGCAGCGCGGGGUGUGGCAGCCUCUACCACCAACCCUCAGGCAGCGGCGUCCAUGUUGGAUUCAGCCUGUGAUGUUAUGGAAGGCUCGGCCAUGCUGAUCCAUGAGGCCAAGCAGGCCCUGGUCUCUCCCAGUGACUCAGAGAGCCAGCAGAGGCUAGCCCAGGUGGCCAAGGCUGUGUCCCACUCUCUGAAUAACUGUGUCAACUGCCUGCCUGGCCAGAAGGAUGUGGACAUGGCCCUCAGGAGCAUUGGAGAGGCCAGCAAGAAACUGCUGGGAGAAACGCUCCCUCCACCCACCAGGUCGUUCCAGGAGGCCCAGAGCGAGCUGAACCAGACCGCAGCAGAUCUGAACCAAUCAGCAGGAGACGUGGUCCACGCCUCCCGCGGCUCCAGCACCCAGCUCGCAGACGCAUCUGGGAAGUUCAGAGAAGACUUUGAUGACUUCUUGGACGCCGGCAUUGAGAUGGCUGGGCACACUCAGAGGAAAGAUGAGCAGAUCCAGGUGAUAGGUAACCUGAAGAACAUCUCCAUGGCUUCCAGCAAGCUGCUCCUGGCAGCCAAGUCUCUGUCUGUAGACCCUGGGGCAGCUAACGCCAAGAACCUUCUGGCUGCUGCUGCAAGAGCAGUGACAGAGAGCAUUAACCAGCUAAUCACACUGGCCACACAGCAGGCCCCAGGACAGAAGGAGUGUGACAAUGCCCUACGAGAGCUGGAGGCGGUGAAAGGAAUGUUAGCCAACCCCAACGAGCCAGUCAGCAACCUCUCCUACUUCCACUGCAUCGAGAGCGUCAUGGAGAACUCCAAGGUCCUGGGAGAGUCCAUGGCUGGCAUUUCUCAGAACUGUAAAACCGGGGAUGUGCCAGCGUUUGGGGGCUGCGUGGGACUGGCCUCCAAGGCCCUGUGUGGGCUCACUGAGGCUGCAGGACAGGCCUCCUACCUGGUGGGCGUGUCUGACCCCAACAGUCAGGCAGGGCAUCAGGGGUUGGUCGACGCCAUCCAGUUUGCACGAGCCAAUCAGGCGAUCCAGAUGGCCUGUCAGAACCUGGUGGAUCCGGACAGCAGCCCCUCACAGGUGCUGUCGUCUGCCACCAUCGUAGCAAAGCACACAUCAGCUCUUUGCAACGCCUGUCGCCUGGCCUCCUCCAAGACAGCCAACCCCACAGCCAAGAGACACUUUGUCCAGUCUGCCAAGGAGGUGGCCAACAGCACAGCCAACCUGGUCAAAACUAUAAAGGCUCUGGAUGGUGAUUUCUCUCAGGAGAAUAGGAACACGUGUCUGGUGGCCACAGCUCCACUCAUAGAGGCUGUUGAGAACCUCACAGCGUUUGCGUCUAAUCCAGAGUUCGCCAGCAGCCCUGCUCAGAUCAGCAAUGAGGGCUCUGCCGCUCAGGAGCCCAUCCUCCAAUCAGCUCGCUCUAUGCUGGACAGCUCCACCCACCUGCUGAAGACUGCACGUUCACUUGUUAUUAACCCCAAAGACCCACCAACCUGGUCGGUCCUGGCUGGCCACUCUCGGACUGUGUCUGACUCCAUCAAAGGUCUCAUCACGGCCAUCAGGGACAAGGCUCCAGGCCAGAGGGAGUGUGACUACUCCAUAGAUAACAUCAACAGAUGUAUCCGGACCAUUGAGCAGGCCUCGCUAGCUGCAGUCAGCCAGAACCUGGCCAGCAGGGAUGACAUCUCACUGGAGGCCUUGCAAGAGCAGCUGACGUCCACAGUGCAAGAGAUUGGAUACCUAAUCGACCCAAUAUCUACAGCCGCCAGAGGGGAAGCUGCCCAACUAGGACACAAGGUGACCCAGCUGGCGGGCUAUUUUGAGCCUCUGAUCAGGGCGUCGGUGGGCGUGGCGUCCAAGCUGCAGGACCACCAGCAGCAGAUGACCUUCCUGGACCAGACUAAGACCCUGGCAGAGUCCGCCCUGCAGAUGAUCUAUGCAGCCAAGGAGGGAGGAGGAAACCCCAAGGCGUCCCAUACCCAUGAUGCCAUAGCGGAGGCUGCUCAGCUGAUGAGGGAGGCGGUAGAUGACAUCAUGGUGACCCUGAACGAGGCCGCCAGCGAAGGGGGUAUGGUGGGCGCCAUGGUGGACUCCAUUGCUGAGGCCAUGGGCAGGCUGGACGAGGGGACCUCUCCUGAACCAGAAGGAUCGUUUGUAGACUACCAGACUACCAUGGUGAAAUACUCCAAGGCCAUUGCGGUCACCGCCCAGGAAAUGAUGACCAAGUCUGUGACGUGUCCAGAGGAGCUGGGGGGUCUGGCCUCUCGGGUGACCACAGACUACAGCCAGCUGGCCCUGCAGGGACGUCUGGCCGCGCACACUGCAGAACCCCAGGAGAUUGGUUUCCAGAUCAAGGCUGGUGUCCAGGAGCUGGGUCACGGCUGUAUCUUCCUGGUGCAGAAGGCUGGAGCGCUGCAGAUCACCCCCUCAGACAGUUACACCAAGAGAGAGCUCAUAGAGUGUGCCCGCACCGUCACAGAGAAGGUGUCGAUGGUGCUGUCAGCCCUACAGGCUGGUAAUAAGGGCACUCAGGCCUGCAUCACAGCUGCCAGUGCUGUCUCUGGCAUCAUCGCUGAACUGGACACCACCGUCAUGUUCGCCUCCGCUGGCACACUCAACGCAGAAAAUGACGAGUCCUUCGCUGACCACAGGGAGAACAUAUUGAAGACAGCGAAGGCUUUGGUGGAGGACACUAAGAUGUUGGUGUCUGGAGCAGCGUCCGGUCAGGACAAACUAGCCCAAGCUGCCCAGUCCUCAGCUAAGACCAUCACACAGCUCACUGACGUGGUCAAACUGGGCGCCGCCAGCAUCGGCUCUGACGACCCAGAGACACAGGUGGUUCUGAUCAACGCAGUGAAAGACGUGGCCAAGGCCCUGGCUGAGCUCAUAGGAGCCACUAAGUGUGCUGCGGGCAAGGCUGCAGACGACCCAUCCAUGUACCAGCUGAAGAGUGCUGCCAAGUUGUCCCCCAGAGACAUGGCAGAAGUGAACGGGAUGCCUCCUCAGUCUGAUAUGUGCAUAAAGGGUGUUCUGGCAAGAUGUCUCUCUGAUGCCCCCAGUGCUGUCUCUCCCACUGACAUCCAUGGACCUGUCACCCCCAUUGUCCCCCCUCUGGUAACCCACCAGGUGAUGGUGACCAACGUGACGUCCCUGCUGAAGACGGUGAAGGCUGUGGAGGACGAGGCCACGCGGGGGACCAGAGCCCUGGAGGCCACCAUUGAAUGUAUUAAACAGGAACUCACAGUGUUCCAGUCUAAAGACGUCCCAGAGAAGUCGACCACGCCUGAAGAGUUCAUCCGCAUGACCAAGGGCAUCACCACGGCAACAGCCAAAGCAGUGGCGGCUGGGAACUCUGCACGACAGGAGGAUGUGAUCUCCACAGCUAACCUGAGUCGCAAGGCCAUCUUCGACAUGCUGACCACAUGCAAGCAAGCAGCUUACCACCAGGAGGUGAACAAGGACGUACGGAGCAGAGCACUGCUCUACGGGACAGAGUGCACCACAGGUUACAUUGACCUACUGGAGCAUGUGCUGCUGGUCCUCCAGGGACCUACAGCAGAGCAGAAACAUCAGCUGGUGUUCUACUCUAAACGUGUUGCUGGGGCUGUUACUGAACUCAUCCAGACUGCUGAGGCCAUGAAAGAUGGAGGCACAGAGUGGGUGGACCCAGAGGACCCCACAGUGAUAGCAGAGACGGAGCUGUUGGGGGCGGCAGCGUCCAUCGAAGCAGCGGCUAAGAAACUGGAGCAGCUGAAACCCAGAGCCAAGCCCAAGCAAGCAGAUGAAACACUGGACUUUGAGGAGCAGAUCCUGGAAGCAGCUAAGUCCAUCGCUGCAGCCACCAGUGCCCUGGUCAAGUCUGCCUCAGCUGCCCAGAGAGAGCUGGUGGCUCAGGGCAAGGUGGGCUCUAUUCCAGCUAACGCAGUGGAUGAUGGUCAGUGGUCCCAGGGUCUCAUCUCAGCGGCCCGGAUGGUAGCAGCAGCCACCAGUAACCUGUGUGAGGCAGCUAAUGCCUCGGUCCAGGGCCAAGCCAGCGAGGAGAAGCUGAUCUCGUCAGCCAAGCAGGUGGCAGCCUCCACAGCUCAGCUCCUAGUGGCCUGUAAGGUUAAAGCUGACCAGGACUCUGAGGCCAUGAGAAGACUGCAGGCUGCUGGUAACGCAGUAAAGAGGGCGUCAGACAACCUGGUCCGAGCGGCCCAGAAAGCUGCGUUCCACAAGGCAGACGAUGACAACGUGGUGGUCAAGACCAAGUUUGUGGGAGGAAUCGCUCAGAUCAUAGCAGCCCAGGAGGAGAUGCUGAGGAAGGAGAGAGAGCUGGAGGAGGCCAGGAAGAAGCUGGCUCAGAUCAGACAGCAACAGUACAAGUUCUUACCCAGUGAACUACGAGAGGAUGAGAACUGAGCUAUACCCUGCUGCAUUGCCAUGCUGCCGCUGCGUGUGUGUAUUGAGCGCAUUUGUACCUGUGUGUGUAUAUGUAGUAUGUUACCACACACAUGAGCGGUGGCCCAAAUUGACUUUCUCAGUGUGCAACAAGGUUAAGUUGGACUUUUAAUGUGCUCUCUCAACCAGUCCGGGGUCAAGUCCAGAAUGGGACAUGGAUAGCCACUGUCUACUACACCUGCAGGGGUAUUUAACUACCAGGAGUUGUCUACUACCACUAUGACUUGACUUGUAACGGUCUAUUACUCUGCAUUACCUGCCAGUUAACCUACACCGGAAAAAAGUAUUCUCUAGAAGCAAUGGAUUUGUAACAGGUGAACAAGCUGAAAAAUGUACAUCAUAAAAGUUUGAAUGUUUUUCUCUAUGGAGCUAUACAUUUGAUGUGAUUAGAUACCAGUGUUGACAUUGAAUCUCCAAACUAAGGGGAUAUUUCUAGAUGUUAGCAUGGUCUUAACCUUUUGGCCGGACUUGCUUUCAUAAAGGAAGAAGAGUGUGAUAUGUUAGGUGCAUACAGUACAUUAGGCAUUUACACACACAUUGCUAUUCAUUUCCUUUUUUAUGAGACAAGUGUGACAUUAUAGCAUUUCAUAGAUAUUACUAGUGUUUGAAAUUCCACACUUGGGUGAUUUGACACUUAUGUCACCUUGUGGUCUAUAUAUAUAUAUCUCCUCCUUGUCAGACAGCAAGUAAUUCAGACAGUUGAGGUAUUUGGAGCAUAUUGAAGAAUAGCUUAUGGAUCUUAUUUCAUGGAAGCAUUUUUGUUGCAUUGACCGUUCGUCUUGCGUAGACACUUUUUAAUAAUCCUUGUUUAGAUGGGCUCUUGACACUGAAGAUUGAAAUGUGCCUAGUGUUGAUAAACGCUUAAAUUUGCGUCUAAUUGCUAGAGACCUUUUUUACAAACAACCUCUUAUGAUGCAUUACAAUCUAGUACUUUAUUAUUUCUGUGAUUUCGAGGCGAAGUUACUACAGAAUAACAUUUUUAGCAAGUUAAGAUACUCAUUUACAGUAAGCUUAACUAGUCUCAUCCCUUCCACUACUACAGAUCUCCUAGCCCUGCAUAACCUGGACUGUGGACAGUCAGUUAACUGGCUUCCUUCUACUAUUCUCAUUAGUUUACAGUUGAUAUUGAGCCAAACAGCUGGAACUGAUGUUCAUGAAGCAAUACUAUGAAGGCGCUGUAGGGGGCAGUGUUGGUGUCCUCACAGCCUCCUGACAUGCAAUGUAAUGAAGUAACCUCUUGCUUGAUCUUUUCAAACACUACAAACACUGCACCUCUGAAAACCGUUCAGAUACUGUAAGAAAAAACACUAAUGUAGGAAACAACUGCUGGUCUUGAAAAUGUAUUACGAUAUAAGUAGGAGUUUUAAAAAAACAUCCAGGCAAUCUGAAAAGAUUCUCAUUGAUAAAGUGUGAUUUCUCUACAACUCAUAAUGCAAUCUGAAAUGUACGGCUCGGAUAUUGUAACACCCCAGACCUCUUGAAUGAAUGUGAAGCAGUAAAUCUUUGUUGACUAUACAGAAUGUACUGUGCUUCUGAUGGUUACCCCUGCUGUCUUACACGGGGCAGAGUCCCCAAUCCCUCCAUAGGGGCCUGUUGGACCACUACAGUGGAUCACGUCCUGUUGUUGUUCACCUGUUGAAUCCGUCUCACUCUUACUCUAAUGGUGCUUUGUGUAACUGUAGUGGGAAGUGCUACUAUUGCAGUAUAUUUACCUUCUGUUUGCCAGGCUUGUGUUCAUUAUGCACCGAAAGGAGGAAAUCGGAGGAGGGAUUACCUAGAAUUGUCCAAUAGAACAACAAAGAAAUCCUAAUGAACACAACCCAGGUUUGGUUCUAGCAUUUGGUUUUACUAGUUUUAUGGACAGUCAGUGAGUGUCGGUUAGCAAACAAAUCAUUAUUGUGAGGUAAAGGUCUGCUCUUGCGUGUCAGUCAUAUGCAUGGCUUCUGGGUUCUAAUUAUUUUCUAAACUACACGACGCACUGAAUGGUGUUGGUAUUCUGAACUGCACAUAAGGACAAUAACCCCUAAUAAACUGCAAACGGUCCAUGUUAAACAUGUUUUACUCCGUAUUGAUGUGUAACAGUAGACUCUACAGUUCAAACGCUGGUACAGUUCUGUCAGAGUUCACGCAUCUGGUCGUUGUAGUAUUAUGUCAUUAGUGCCUUAGUCUCUAGCUCAUACAGCGUCUGGUCUGCUUGUGACAACUUAUCUAGCUGGAUAAAGGAGUGUGGUCAGUAUCAAUGAGGAGGGCCUUGAGUUGUUCCUGUCAUAGCCUAUUACCAAUACUUUUAGGUCCCAUAGAGAUGAAAAACACGGCCUCACAGGUACUACUGCGUUGUCCUAUAAACUGUACCUCUGUCCCCAUCUUUCUGCCUGAUGCACCCAUGGCCUUGAGGGCAGAGACGAAUGUGUCGCUGUGUAAAAAGUACCAUCACUAUAUGUAUAUGAUAUAUAUGAAGACAACACAUUUUUGUACUGCAUUCCAUGGGCAUGUAUCAAGAUGCUUCUGAACUCUAUCUAUGACAGAAUGGAGUCUGUCGUUCGGUUAUUGUAUGUUACAAGUAAAUCAUAGGAUUCACACACUCCGGACAAUAGGUCUGUACUCUGCUGUCUCACAAAAGUUUUAUGGAUUGAUUUUUUUUCUUUCUCUUUUAAGCCACAAGGAAUAUUUUUUUAAGGAUAAAUGUGAUAAGGAUAUUAAGAUGUAUAGCUGUCACUGUUCAUGUAGUGUGACACAUUUCAAUGGUAGGGAGAAACUGUUCAUACCUGUGUGUUUGUCUCAUAAUGAAUUCAAUGAUAAUUAAAGUGCAGUUCUACAAGAAAGAUAGAUAUGAAGUGACAAUGACCUACAGUAUGGAAACUAUUUAUCUGGCCACAAGAAAACAUCUUCUUUUUGUAUUCACUGAAAAUAAAGGGUUUCAAAGUAA